UAAAGAGGUAAUAUUCCUUAUUUUCUAAGACUCACAACAUGCCUUAUGUACCGAUUACCCAUUUCCUAAAUUGUGCGUAUUCCGUUUCAUUCAAAGGAAAGUCAAUAGAUUUCCUAUUUGCAGCUCUCUUUGUAGCUUCCAUAUAGUACUUUCUUUCUUUCGGGCUUACGUGGAUAACUAAAUUGAACAGAAUGGGAAAGCCAGUGAUCAUCAAAGCAAAGAAGGACUACGAUGGUGUAUAUGAGCCAGAACGCAUGAAUUGGCUUCGAUUACAAUACUAUCGUUAUCAGGUUACUCUUGGUCCAUAUGUCUUUACUUCUCAUGAAGCAUUUGUUUUCAAUACCAUUGUUCUCCUUUUGCUUUUCCUAAUCGGUUGGGCCGUAAAGUCUAUAGUCGUCAAAUUAACUCCACCUUUGUGGAACUUGGUGUUAUACAUACCUGCUACCGUAUUGUAUCUCGUUCAGAAGAAUGCUUAAAGGGGGUGGGGGAACUACCUGUUAUGUCCAUCCAUAAUUCUUGCCUAAUUGAUAGAACUGACGAAUACAUACCUGGGUGAACAGCUCUUUAUACGAUAGCUUAAUAGUUCUUUCUUCCUUGGAUUUGCCUCCUUAUUCGCAUUCACAACGAAAACAACCGGUCAUAUUACUUAAAACCUUAUGUUUGGCGUGAAGAUACUCAUUCUCAAAUCCAUUAGUUACUUAAUUUUAUUAUUUGAAUGAUGCAUACCCUAUAAAUCAAUUAUGUAUUUAGACGCUUUAGCAUCUUUAUUUCGAAAUUUAGGCGGUUCCCUCAUUUACGGUCCUUCCAUCGGAAAGAAAGAAAACAGCUUUACUUUGCUAGCGAUAAUAUCUCCAGAUAAUACUUGACAUAUACUUACAUAACUCUUAGAUUUAAAGUCUGCAUCAUUUUGCCGGCUACGUUUUACAUCCUUUUUACAAAUACCCAUAUCUAAUACCAAAAUUCUCAGAUAGUAAGAUGGGUGAUAUAGUUUUGUAUAUGUUGUAU